UCCCCCCGCCCCUCUCGCUGCCCUCGUGAGCGGCCCCGCGGCCGUCCCGGGGCUGCUGCCAUGGAGCUGCCGGCCGUCAGCCUCAAGGCUAUCAUUCUGGUACAUUGGCUGCUCACAGUGUGGGGAUGCAUGAAUUACAUGUUGCCACUCUCCUAUGCCUGGGGAAAUUUCAGUGUCCUUGCAGUGGGGAUCUGGGCCAUUGUGCAGCGAGAUUCCCUUGAUGCCAUAACUAUGUUCUUGACUGGCCUGCUGCUCACAGUCCUCACGGACAUCAUUCACAUCUCUAUCUUCUACCCUUCCCACGACUUCCUCAGUGAUGCGAAGCGGUUCAGUAUAGGCAUGGCCAUCUUCAGUCUCCUCCUCAAGCCCGUGUCCUGCUAUUUGGUGUAUCGGAUGUAUCGGGAGCGUGGAGGGGAGUACACCUUCAACAUAGGUGUCACCAGUGCAGGCCAGGACCAGAGCACCUACGAGCCCAUUGGUCAGCCAGACUCGCCUCCACAGUGGCCUUCCUCAGGCAAGGCAGCCCAGCCACCCUACUGAGGCCCCUGCAGCCCAGGACACACACUGCCCUUGCCCAGCCCAGCCUCCCACUCCUCCCACUGAAGAUACUCCCCUGCUGCUGGGAAAAUAAGAGAAGAU